AUGGCCAAAGAAGAGGACUUGAAGAAAGUGGAUUUGAAGGUCUCUGUCAACUGUUGUGAGGGCUGCAAGAGAAAGAUCUUGAAGGCCUUAAGCAUUAAAGGGGUUUUGAAGACAGAGAUCCAUCCCACCCUUCCUAAAAUCACAGUCACCGGAAACGUAGAAGUUCAAACUCUCAUCAAGAAGCUGGCAAAAUGUGGAAAAUCCGCGGUGUUAUGGCCUUCACAGCCACCGGUUCCAAAAGAAAAACAAGAAUCAGAAACUACGAUCCAUAAAAUGGAGAACGCUAACGAUAAAGACAAUAUUGAGUCGACCGAGAGGAAAUCCAACUCCAACUCCAGCACCAAAAAGUUCCAGACCAAAGAACACGAUGAAGUUGACAUCCAAGAAAACAAGAACAUCGACGAAGCCCCCAUAAUCAUUCGAGAAGUAGAGAAGAACUCGUAUCAGACGGUAGUCACGAACGUCCCUCAGGUGAACUGCCUUGUGAAUCCUGGCGCAAUUCCACUUUAUGUACAGGGCUACUAUCCUGUUCCAGCGCCGUAUUACGCUAUGAAUAUGCCUUGUUACGUCCACGACCAUUGCCGUUGUCAGUAUCCAGCUAAUCGCCCAUCAUUUGUGCAGCCACAGCAGACCAUGGGUUUCGCCGAGUACUUCAAUGAUGAUAACACGGUUGGAUGCAACGUAAUGUGAUCGCGACGAUCGAUGGCCUGAACUAAUCUUUGAUGUAGGAUAGAAAAGGAAGAUGGGCUUGGUGUUUGAUGUCAGAUUAACUUUUGAACUUCUUUAGACAAAAAUGCAUCCUUUUGUACUUUUGAAUGGAAAAUGG